AUGGCGGUCGGCAAGAUAACGGAAUUUGAUUUGGAUUGCGGAAACUGGCAGUUGUACGCGGAAAGGCUGGAAAUGUAUUUUAAAGUGAACGGCAUUAGUGAAGAAAUGAAAUUACCAACACUAAUCACUACAAUGGGAGACCGCGCAUACGAACUAUUGACGAACUUGGCGAGCCCACGGAAACCGGCCGACAUGACUUUCAAGGAAAACGUUUUGUGUUCCGGCAAAGGAAACAAAAGGCGGAUGAAAAUAUUUUGGGGUAUGUGGCGGUACUCAAAAAAACUAUCUAAAAACUGUGAAUUUCGAGCGAAUUUGGAAGAGAAUCUCAGAGACCAGUUUAUAUGUGGCAUACGUGAUGAUGGAAUUCGUCAACAGUUAUUUGCAAAAAACCAAAUAACAUUCAAGGAAUCGGUGGCAAUAGCGGUUUCAUUCGAGUCGGCGGUGAGGGACGCGGCAGUCGUGGAGGCGGCGGCGGACGGAGCCAGCGCGGGCGGCCGGGCGGCCGCGGGCGCGUACUCCACAGACGCGUUCUCGGGGUCCCGCUCACGGCUGUCAGCGGGACGGCCUUCUUCAGUCGGCGGUGAAGAUGCCAUCAACAACCUACAAAUUGGCGGUUGCUUUGCAUGCGGGGACUACAGACAUAGGCGGAACGAGUGCAAAUUCAAAGAAUACGAGUGUAGUAGGUGCAAGAAAGUGGGACAUUUACGUCGAAUGUGUCCAGAAAACUCUAAAACGGCGGCAGCACGUUUUGGUGGGAAGAAUGAGGGGAGCCGAGUUGCCCACCGAGGCAAUCGCGGCGCUGCACAGAGCAGAGGAUCCAGAACCCCGGCAUCCACCCGAGCCCAUUACCUGGAGGACGCUCGGGAGACGGCAGAACGGGAUGAAGAAGAGGAGGAGCCAAUGUACCAGAUGUCAUUGAGUAGUUACAAACCGAUUUAAGGAGCUGUUUGAUGGUCAACUGGGGUGUUUCAACGGUGGACGGGCGACGCUGCGCC